CUGUGGUCACGUGACGUGUGAGCUGCUGCGAUUCGCCCGAGACCAGAGCAGAGAGAGUUGUAGUAAAGUUUGAGCGGACCGAGGAGUCCCUGCUAAAACCUAAAGAAGAUCACUGCUUCGUCUGCACUUUACACCCUCCUUUGUCCUUGAAGAAACGAUGGAUUCCGUCGCACAGAAAGUGCUGACCUCGGGAUUCAGACUGGACUUUGGACCUUUGAAAGAACCUCUGGCGUUUAUCCGUCUGCUAGAAUGGCUGUUUUCCAUAUUCGCCUUUGCAACAACUGGGGGUUUCAGCGGCUCGAGCAGCAUCAACGUCGUCUGCCAGGGAAGUAAAGGCGAAGAAAUACAAGCACAUUUCAACUACCCCUUCAGGUUGAUGGACCAUCCCUUUAAAGUCCCCAACUGUGUUAACCAAACGUCCACCACUGACUACUUCUUGACUGGAGACUUCUCAUCCUCGGCGCAGUUUUAUGUGUGCGUCGGAGUGCUGGCGUUCCUCUACAGCACCGCCACGUUAGUCAUCUAUCUGGGUUAUCAGCACCUGUACAGAGAAUCCAGUCGUGGUCCUAAUCUGGAUCUGCUUGUGAGCGUAGCCUUGGCCUUCCUCUGGCUGACAGCAUCAUCUGCUUGGGCCAAAGGUUUGACCGAUGUAAACUGGAAAGCUAAACCUACAACCAUCAUUAGUGGGAUUGAUGUUUGCAAAAUUAGUACCAACAAGUGCACCCCAGGAGCCUUGCCUCAUAUGGGCCGACUAAACGCCUCAGUGAUAUUUGGUUUCCUUAAUCUCAUCCUGUGGGGAGGCAACUGUUGGUUUAUUUACAAGGAAACGCCUUUCCACAAAUCAUCCACCCAACCGGGCAUUGUGGAGGAAGGAGUUACAUCAUCAUAACGGCCCCACUUUCUCAUUUCCAAAUCGCCAUCACAUGCAGAAGUGACUGCACUGAAUUGUUUUUCCAGUUUGACUACGUUUCAAACUCACUUCAGAAAGUACUAAAACUUUAUUAUUUAGACAAAAAUUGAAGAUACUCAUUGCAAAGUAUGAAAUCAAACAGAAAAUGUUAUUCUGAACUUCAUUGAGUGGUGCAGAUUGAAUACGUUCCAGUAGAUUUUCAGAGAUAUUGAUUAAAAUUCUGAAAUGCAGGUCCACACUAACUGUAAACUAAAAACUGCUUAAUCUACUGARAACUACAUUGUUUGACCUACUUUCACUCUCUUUGGUUGUUUCCGUCGGUAAACAAACAUACAUGGUCUUUGAUGUCAGAUUUUUAGUUUAGGGACACGUUAUCACUGAUGUGGAAAAAAAAUAGCAUUUGCUAUUUUGUUUUUAUUUAUUUAUUAGUCCGAUCUUCAUGUCUUUGGGAUGAGUAUCUUUAAUAUAGAUAAUUCAAAUAAUCAAAAUUAUUACCCUAAUCUAUGCUAACAUUUUACAUUUUGAGUUUAUUGAAGGGAGUGCCCCUUAAAAUGUUCAAUGUUUUUUUUUUUUGUACGGUAUGCUGAGACACAAAUACAAAAUUAUCAAACCUGCUUGGCCAAUUCUUCACCUUUAUGAUGAACUUUUCUGUUUGCAGCACAACAGAUAUUGAGUAUUUCUGCCCUCAGUAAUCUUUAUAAAAACUCAGUGCUAUUGUGAGUACAGAAAAAUAGUUCAUUGAAAAUACUUGAAUGUGUUUGUAGUGGGCAGCACAACAGAAGACAAUUGAAUUCAAAACUCAUCUGCCUAUGAAACGUUAAAUAAUUUCAUUGCAGUUUAGUUGUGAUAUGUUACAUCUCAUCAUAGAAAGUUUUAGUGAGAUUCUUACUUUAGAYCUUAAAGUGUUUGUGUUCUGUUUGGAUUAAAAUAGCUCUGCAUAAAUCUUUUAUCUGAAACUUUUUCACUUCUAAACUAGAAUCUGCAGMUGUGCUUUAAAAAUUGCUUAAAAUAAGAUUUCAGUCUUGAAGUAUUCCUUUUUUUAAUUGAGUGUCUUAUGCAUUGUGUGCCUUCUGUUUUUGAUCUGCCUCUGAUUUUGUUUAAGCAAAAUUUCUUUUCACAGGAAAGGUCAUUUAGAUUUAAAUCUUUCACAUGAGCUCUAUGUUUUGCAAGUUGUUUCAAUUUCUGCCAUUCCCCUAUUUACAUAGUUGCUUCUCUUUCACUGUACUGACACUGUUAAAAAUCUCAGAAAUAAAACUGGAUUCUUUGUAUUAAAAUCCA